UUUGCUAUGAAGCUUCUUAGUCGACCGCAAAAUUGUGGGGUCAUAUGUACUACAAAAAAAGUUACUAAAUAACCUCGUAGGCCGGGCCUUAAGGCUUAACCCCACAACGUUACUUAGUUGAAUACGCGUAGUGGGUAUCAAAACAUUCAUAGGCAAUAUCAAAUCAAAGUUAAUUUUUAAAAUAUUUCUUUUUCUAUAUCGUUUUGAUUCAGUAUGUAAAAUCUUCUCUUGCUAUUAUUUGGAAAUGAAUAUAUUCAUUUGUACUACUUUUAAGGUUAUAAGUGAUCCGUUAAUAAUUUUCGUUUGAAUCAUCAUUGUGCUACGCAGAGAUUAAAGCAGGAUUAUAUGAGACUGAAAAGAGAUCCAGUGCCAUAUGUAAUUGCCGAACCGAAUCCAUCAAAUAUCCUCGAAUGGCACUAUGUAGUUAAGGGACCAGAGAGUACUCCAUACGAUGGUGGUUUUUAUCAUGGUAAAUUAAUAUUUCCUGGGGAAUUCCCCUUUCAACCACCCAGCAUCUACAUGACAACGCCUAAUGGUAGAUUCAAAGUCAACACUAGAUUAUGCCUAUCCAUCUCUGAUUUUCAUCCCGACACAUGGAAUCCAGCAUGGAGUGUCUCAACAAUUUUGGCAGGCUUACUAAGUUUUAUGAUAGAGAAGAGCCCCACCCUUGGCAGUAUCAACACAACUGAUUGGGAAAAGCGACAAUAUGCACAUCAGAGUUUAGAAUUUAAUUUGAGGGACAAAAUGUUUUGCGAAUUAUUUCCAGAUACAGUAGUGGAAAUUCGUAAUGAAUUAGAACGAAGAAAAGAAUUGGACCAACAAACAAGACACCAGUCAACAACAUCAGAAAUGUCGUCCUUACUGCGAGAACAAUUCCAGAGAGAUCAAAGUCCGUUGAAUGGCGCUAUGACAAAUUUAGCAAUAAUAAUUGGUUUUGCAGUAUUUGCCUACAUUGUUAAAUAUGUCCUCCGAAAUAUAGCGUGGGAAUGAAUUCAAUUCUACUAUGAUGAUUUAGCAACAAUAAUAGAAUCUGCUACAAGUACUGGAUUUCUAAGAUGUGUUUCAUUUUAAUAAUUGCUAUAAAGCGUUGUUGCGGUUAUUCAUCCGUACUUGAGCUUCUAUUUUCUCAUUUAAUCCGAAUUUCUUUUCAAAUCUCCAGUUUUUCAGUUCAACUUGAAUUAAGGUUAUCAUUAACAUCUUCAUAUGUAAUGUGAAUAAUUUAUCAUUUGGUGACCAAUAUAUGAGAAAAUGUCACUAAGUAUUGACUAAAAAUUG